GUGGGAGGCUGCCGCGCCUGCUGCUCCUGCAUUGGUGUCUCCCCUAUGGACGAAAACAGCCCUCUGUCUCCCAAGGCAAAUGCUUUCAGUAUCGCCUCUCUGAUUUCAGUCGCCGCCGCCGAGCAAGCAGGGAAAGGAGCGCUGGAGGAGCGCCGCGGCGGCCGCAGCGCGCCCGCCCGCCCCGGCUGCCGCCCGCAGAAGAUGCACUUCAGCACCGUCACCAGGGACAUGGAAGCUUUCACGGCCAACAGCCUGAGCAGCCUGAACGCCUCCGGGGGGUACCACCUCUCCCCCUCCCCGGGGGACCCGUACGGACAGCAUGAGCCGCACUACGAGCCCUGCACGGCUCAACAGCACCCGCACCCGCCGCCCCAGCCCCAGCACGGCUACCCUUUCGGCGGGGCGGCGGCAGCGGCCGGGACCAACCCGCCGCCCCCAGGCCCCGAGCAGCCCGAGGGCGCCGGUGGAGCCGCUGCGGGGCCGGCAGCAGUCUCGGGCUGCUCUGCGGGGACGGCCGCCGUGGCCAAGGCGCCGGUGAAGAAGAACCCGAAGGUGGCCAACGUGAGCGUCCAGCUAGAGAUGAAGGCGUUGUGGGACGAGUUCAACCAGCUGGGCACCGAGAUGAUCGUCACCAAGGCAGGCAGGCGCAUGUUCCCCACCUUCCAGGUGAAGAUAUUCGGGAUGGACCCUAUGGCUGACUACAUGCUCCUCAUGGAUUUCGUCCCGGUGGAUGACAAGCGAUACCGGUACGCCUUCCACAGUUCCUCCUGGCUGGUGGCCGGCAAAGCCGACCCCGCCACCCCCGGGAGAGUUCAUUACCACCCGGACUCCCCGGCCAAAGGAGCGCAGUGGAUGAAGCAGAUCGUUUCCUUCGAUAAGCUCAAACUGACCAACAAUUUGCUGGAUGACAACGGGCAUAUCAUUUUGAACUCCAUGCACAGAUACCAGCCGCGUUUUCACGUGGUCUACGUGGACCCCCGGAAAGACAGCGAGAAGUACGCGGAGGAGAACUUCAAAACUUUCGUCUUCGAGGAGACGCGCUUCACAGCAGUGACCGCCUACCAGAACCACCGGAUCACUCAGUUGAAGAUUGCAAGUAAUCCUUUUGCCAAGGGAUUCAGAGACUGCGACCCUGAGGACUGGCCCAGGAACCACAGGCCAGGGGCUCUUCCUCUCAUGAGCGCUUUUGCCAGAUCGCGGAAUCCAGUCUCUUCCCCAGCUCACCAGAACGGGACAGAGAAAGAUGCUGCCGAGAACCGGCGGGAGUUCGAGCGGGAGGCGGGCGGGACGGCGCUGCACCAGGCCGAGGCCGCGCACCAGCAGCUCAUGUCCCGCGUGCUCAGCCCCGCGCUGCCGGGCGGAGGCGGCGGGCUGGUGCCCCUGGCCGGGCCGGGAGGCGGCCGGCCCAGCCCGCCGCACCACGAACUGCGCCUGGAGCCCGCCGCGUCGGAGCCGCUGCACCACCAUCCCUACAAGUACCCGCCGGCGGCGGCCGCCGCCUACGACCACUACCUGGGGGCGAAGAGCCGGCCCGCCCCCUAUCCCCUCCCCAGCAUCCGCGGGCACAGCUACCACCACCAUCACCACCACCACCACCACAUGAACGCGGCGGCCGCGGCGGCGGCGGCGGCCAACAUGUACUCGCCGGCCGGGGCGCCCGCCGGCUACGACUACGGGCCCCGGUAACGGGGCACCGGCGGCACGAGAGACACCGCCCGCCCCCUUCCCGCCUUUCCCUCACCUCCCGCCUUACGAGUGAGCUGAUUGGCCAGCUUGACCUGAUCGACAGCCGGACAGCCCAAUCGUCGGCAGCCGGACCCCGCCCCGCGCCCCGCCCUGUGGGGGCUGUGAGGGCGGCGGUGUCGGGAGCUCCAUCGCGGUGUGACCCGCGGCUGCACUUUGAUAAAUGAAGCCAUAUGUCCUUAUCUCCCUAUUCCCCCGCUCCUCCGUUCGUGCCGGGCACCGAGGAGCUUCGGGCGGCUGGGAUGCGGUGGGAGGACGGGGAGGCGGCAGCGGUGAAGUGACUUGUCCCCUCUCACUCGCCCGCCGGGUCUUCUGAUGGAGGUUUGGUAUUACCGCCGGUGUUGGCGGUGUCCACGGCUGUUUCCUGCCCGUGGGGCCUGUACGUGAGCACCGAGCAGGGGCUGUGGGGCCGCCGUGCGCCGUCCUGCACUUGUCGGUGUCAGUCUCUCCCAAGCCGGGGCACACCGAGGGCUGGUUCACAGGUGGCUCGGGUGGUUCUUUGAGGAGAUUCUUGGGGAAGCAGAGUUUAGUUUAAGGGAGCGCUUGGAAGCCUCACUGCCAGAACAAAUUUCCCACCUCUCCUCCUGCCCUGACCCACCCGUAAGUUUUGGGGUUUAAUGGGAUGCCUUAACCAUAGCAGCAUUUUCUGGAGCUGUUGAGAAGGGCCUAUGGUUAAGAACACUGCCACGCGCAGCUGUGUUUGCAUCUUGUUUUCCCAACAAUACCUGCAAAGGUUUAAAAAACAGCCUGGGGGUGGGGGAAUAUCUGCAGAGUUCAUGCUGUGUAUUUCCCACCUGCUUCCCAGGCAGCCUCACACAGUCCUGCCUUCCUGCAGCCUUUCCCGAGCUCUUGAAUGCUCUCCCGUGGAGAGUCCUUUUAAAGGGACUUCAGGGUUUUUUUUUCUCAGACUGGCUCACCCCUUAUAUUUGGCUGAUCCAAACUGCAGUAGUCCUAAAGCACCUAUUCUGCAUUACCUGUUUGCUGCAUCUUCCCUAUUAAUGCUGGUAAGUACUUUUUCUUCUUCCUUUAAUAUCUUCAUUCAGUAGUUGUUCCUUACUGUUAAGAAUGAACUGUUCAUCACAGUUCUCCAGUGAUGUGUUUUGAAUAGUUGGUAUCAGAUGCUCACCGAAGGUAGUCUCUUUGUGUUCAGAGAAGGUAUUGAGCAGCUCCUCAGCUGUGUUGGUAUACAGUAUUAUGAACACUUUUCCAAUUCUUCCACAUGACUAUAUUAAAAGAUGGGGGUUAUUUCUUUUAAAUAUUCAUCCAUGUUUGUACAUUUUCAUUACAAACUCUUUAAAACAUGUUCAUUCCCUUGUGCAGGUGGCAGUGUUAAUAGCAAUGUUUAUUUUGUCUCUGGCAGUGGGCUUUGGGCUUCCAAAACCUUUUUGGAAAGAUUUAAGAAGGGAUACAGUCUACCAUGAAUAUUUUAUGUAAUUUUUUUUCUGUUAAAAAAAUAUAUCUGAAUCCAUAAAAAAAUACUUGUGUAAGAAAUAUGUAUUUUAUUUGACAUUUGCAGUGAAUUGUGAGAUUCUUAGUGUCUGACUAAACCAUAAUUAAUGUUCUCAGAAAGGUUGAUGUAAAAUAGCUUUGUGCUUAUUCUUAGUCAGUGGGAAAUGGCUCUCGGAUGUGCUCUAUUGCUAUUGCUUUGCCUCUGUUAUUUCAGAGUUUUCAGUAUGAUUUGUUAUCUGUAAACUGACUAGUGCCAAAGCUUUGGUCAAAUGUUUAAUGAAGUUGUUAUAUUUAUUAUUUCCUUCAAAGAUUAUACAACCCCUUUUUUUUCUCAAUAGUUGCAGUGUAGGGAAAAAAGUGAAGACAACCAAAGAAUCAUAUCUGCAAAGUGUAGAUACAUGUAGAUAUUUGUAGAUAUAUGUAGAUAAUCUUAUUUCAUUAAUUGAAAAGACAUUGGACAGUAACAUUCAUAAAUAUUUUUCCUCUUCUUUCUUUUCUUCA